UAUUGAACUAACAAUAUGUCUGUUUUCCAAGAAUAUUUUAUUUUACUAUUGAGCUCUUGUUGUCCUACCCAGAUAUUUGGCGGUGUGGGCUUUGCUUGUCUGCCAUUGGGACUUAUCUUUUCAUUCUUUCGGCGUCCAAAAGCUGUUAUCACUCGUUCACAGUAUAUUAAGGGUGAGGAAAAAACAAAUGUGGCUCCUAAUGGAGAGCUGGAGACAGAAGCCAAGGUUGUAAAUAUACCAAGUUCAUGCUCCAUGGAGUUUGAUGCCCAAACUAUGAAUGAUUUACCAGAAGUAGAAGUGAUCCGCGCUGGCAAAUCCUGUGGCAAAAUCCUGAAAAAUAUAUGACCAACUCUAGAACAUGAAUCAGGUGUCUACAGGAGGUAUUGUUGCAUUUAUGAGG